AUGCUAAAGAGGAUUACCAUCAAACAAGCCACACCAAAUAAUCAAAACAAAAAAUUUGGAUUGAUGAAACAAUUAGGAAUCUCUUCUGUUCAUCAACAACAAUAUAGAAAUUUUCACUAUAACAACAUACAAGAUGAAACCAAUUCUUCGGAGGAAUCAUCAACAACAAAAUUGAAUAGAAUCCUCACUUCAUCAUUUGAUCCAUCUCGUGUCGAACAGGAUUGGUAUUCAUGGUGGGAAGAAAAAGGAUUAUUCAAAGGAGAGGAUUCAACAACAAAACCACAAUAUACAAUUUUACUUCCACCUCCUAAUGUGACAGGAAGUCUUCACAUUGGACAUGCUCUCACUGCCUCUAUUCAAGACUCACUUUGUAGAUAUAAAAAGAUGAAUGGAUACAAUGUAUUGUGGGUUCCUGGUGUUGACCAUGCUGGUAUUUCAACACAAGUUGCUGUGGAAAAGAAAAUUGCUAAAGAGGAAGGAAAGACCAGACACGAUUUAGGAAGAGAGGAAUUUUUAAAGAGAGUUUGGUCAUGGAAGGAAGAGUAUGGCAAUAGAAUUGAUAAUCAAAUGAAGGCUAUGGGUUCCAUGACUGAUUGGAGUAGAAAAGUCUUUACUAUGGAUGCUCAAUUUUCAAGUGCUGUUCUUGAAUGUUUUGUAAGAUUAGCAAGGGAUGGUCUCAUUUACAGAGAUGCCAAACUUGUCAAUUGGUGUCCUCAAUUAAAUACAGCAAUUUCGGAUAUUGAAGUGGAAUAUAUUUCACUCAAGAAAAAGACUAAAGUAAUGGUUCCAAGUUGUGAAGAAAAAUCAUUUGACUUUGGUGUAAUGCACACCUUUAAAUACCCAGUUAUUUCAUCUCCUGGUAGUACAGAAAUUAUUGGAUACAUUAAUGUCAGUACAACAAGAUUGGAAACCAUGCUUGGAGAUACUGCUGUUGCCAUUCAUCCAGAAGAUGAAAGAUACAAAAACUUCCAUAACAAGUUCAUUUUGCAUCCAUUCGAUUCAAAGAGAGCUGUACCAAUUAUUUGUGAUGAAAAAUUGGUAAAUAUGGAAAUUGGUACAGGUGCUGUUAAGAUUACCCCAGCUCAUUCAUUUGAAGAUUUUGAAUGUGGAAAACGUCAUGGUUUGGAAUUUAUUACCAUUCUCAAUAAGGAUGGUUCUUUGAAUGAUCAAGUACCAGUAGAAUUUUCUGGUAAGAAUAGAUUUAUUGUUAGAAAAUUGUUAGUAGACAAACUUAAAGAUAUGGAACUUUUCAUUUCUGAACAAGAUCACGAAAUGGAACUCCCUAUCUGUUCAAGAUCCAAGGACAUUCUCGAACCAAUGUUACUCAAUCAGUGGUUUGUUAAAUGUGACAGUUUGGCAAAGAAAGCCCUCGACCUUGUCAACAAUAAUGAAAUUUUAAUCCAUCCAUCCUAUCACAAGACCACAUGGAAUAACUGGCUCGAAAAUAUUCAUGAUUGGUGUAUUUCAAGACAAUUGUGGUGGGGUCACAGAAUUCCUGCCUUUAAAUUGGUUGGAGACCUUUCCAAAUUGGAACCUUUAAUGGAGGAACUCAGAAAGGAAAAAUCGUUCAUUAUGGAAUAUUCCAAUAAGAAUUCUUCAAACAUUGAAAAUAUUUGGAUUGUAGCCCAUAAGGAGGAAGAAGCCAUUUCUAUCCUUCAAAAGAACGUUCCAAAUUUCUCUAACUUUGUAUUGGAACAAGAUGAAGACGUUUUGGAUACUUGGUUCUCAUCUGGACUUUAUCCAUUGGCAGCCUUUGGAUGGCCUUCAAGAAGUGAAAAUGUACUCAAGGACUUGGAUUACAGAUAUCCUAGUUCUGUCAUGGAAACAGGAAGUGACAUUCUCUUCUUUUGGGUUGCAAGAAUGGUCAUGCUUUGCACUUACUUGUCCGAUAAUAAGGAAAAACCCUUCAAUGAAAUUUACCUCCACUCUAUGGUUAGAGACAAACAAGGCAGAAAGAUGUCUAAAAGUCUUGGUAACGUAAUUGACCCUAUUGAUAUGAUAAAAGGAACCACCUUUGAAGAUUUAAAGAGAGGCAUUGAAAAGAAUACAAACAUUACCAAACAAGAAAUGAAGAAAGCCUUACAAGGUGUUCAACAAGAAUUCCCUAAUGGUAUUCCUCAAUGUGGAACUGAUGCACUCAGAUUUACUCUCAUUCAAUACACUCAACAAGGAAGACAAAUUAAUUUGGAUGUUAUGCGUGCUCAAUCCAAUAGACAUUUGUGUAAUAAGAUUUGGCAAUCUGCAAGAUUUUGCUUAUCCCACUUUGAGAGAUUCAACUAUAGCGUACCAGGAAAUGAUGAAAACUUGUCUGAAUUAUUGUUGAAAUCCUUUGCAAGUCUUGAAAAAUCGCAACAAGUACUUCAAAAUCAAUGGAUUUUACUCAAUCUCAGUGAAACAAUUGAUGUUACCAGAAAUUCCAUUGAUAACUUUAUGUUUAGUGAUGGUUGUACCUCUAUUUAUCAAUUCUUCAUCUAUCAAUUCUGUGAUAAUUACCUAGAAAUUGUCAAGCCAAUUCUCCACAGUUCUAACACAAUGACUCCACUUAUCGAAAAUACUCUCCACACCCUAAAUUAUUGUUUAGUUACUGUUUUAAAACUCUUACAUCCUUACAUGCCAUUCAUAACUGAAGAGUUGUAUCAUUGUUGCCCUUUGAAUGGAGAAAACAAUGCUCUCUAUGCCAAGUUGUCUAAUAAGAACUCUAGCUACAUUCCAACCAGUAGUAUUUUGGAAUGUUCCUAUCCAACCUCAUUCACUGCUGAUGAAAUUGGUUCAAUUCUUGAAAUUGGAUCAUCCAAACAACUAAUUACAGAAAAGAUGGACAAGAUUCUCCAAAUUGUACAACAAUUAAGAUCUAUGAAACAAAAUCUUCAAUUACCAUCCAAAUCCGAGUUGACUGCCUAUAUUUUCUAUCAAGGAUCUUCCACAACUGCUUUCAAUCUUUCAGAGAAUGACAUUAAGAUUAUUCAAACCCUCACCAAAUUCACCUCAAUCAAAUUUAUAACUGAAGAAGAAUCUAAGAAACACAAACAUACACUCUAUCUUACAGCAACUGCAUUCUCCACUCCUCAAGGAACAGUAAUGACUCAACUUGUUUUACCAGAUGAGUUCCAAUUAGAAAAGGAGAUUGAAAAGUGGCAAAAGAAGAUUGAACAACUUGCCUCUGUAAAAGCCAAAUAUCUCAAACAAGUGCAUCCAAAUCUUCCACCAGAAGUUAAGCAACAAAUUGAAGACAAACUUUCUCAAAAUCAAAUUGAAACCCAAAAAGCGCAGGAAACAUGUUCCCAACUAGAACAUUUGCUUGACAAUAAAAAUCAAUAA